AUGGAUCUAGAUAGGUAUUCAAAGGCUAGUAAAAUACUUGGGCUGAAUGAAACGAUCGAUGAGUCCGCAGCGCUGGGUAGGUCUUCAAAAGCCAGCAAAAUACUUGGAUUGAAUGAUAUUAGUAUUGAUGAAUCUUCAACGCUAGACAGGUCGUCGAAAGCUAGUAAAAUACUUGGAUUGAGCGAUGAUGGCAAUGAUGCAAAUAAUAACAAUAAAAAAUCUACAUCUUUGGAUAAG